CGCGCUUCCCCACAACCUGAACGUUGAAACAGAACAGUCAUGCCAAUAUGCACAACGUGCACCACCUUCAUGCCCCAUCUGUACACCGUCUAUUCAUCGGCUUAUAACACGAGGCUUGAGCAGUGCCCAACUUGCCGUGCCUUCGCUGAUCCCUACGUCGAACACGACACCUUGACACUCUUGAUUGACCUAAUCUUGUUAAAGAGGGGUGUUUACCGGCAUCUACUCUAUAAUCGAGGGGCAAGGCCACGCAGAGCAAUUGAUAGUAAAAAUCGUAGUGAUGUGGAAACAGAUGCAGAGGAAGGUCGGAGUAGAGAAUUGUCCCGCUGGGCAUUAGUGAUACGUUUGGGACUCACUUUAGUGUUUGUGGACGCAUUUAUUCGAUGGAGUUAUCUGAAUGCAGAUCAUCCGCCUUAUAUUUCUUCGCCCUGGACCCUCCAAACAAUAGAUAUGUUCGCAAAAACAUAUAUUGGCUGUCUGGCUGAAACCAUUGCGUUUCAUGGAGGGGUUAUGAUAUCGUGUUACCUGCUGCAAAAUCUCUUGCUUGCAAUGAGAGAAACGUUACAACUCUAUCUUGGACUCGGACAAGACGUAGCUUCAAAGCAGAGAUCAUCAGCGAUCAGGAAAGAAUUUAGAUUCUCCUUGAUACCUCUCUCCUUGUUUUAUUCGUCCCUCACCAAGCUAUUUCUCCUCUUCUUGCUUACAAUAUGGCGUCCGUCGAGGUCAUCCUCAAAACUUGAUCCCGAGGCCGCUUUUCAGUCCACCCCUCAUUGGGCAAUAUCUGCUUCCGCUCAAAAAGCCCUGAGCUUACUGGAUUAUCUCGAUGAUGAUAGGCUCGACCGAGGGUGGAUCGUAAGGAACGUACUAGGGGGUAUGUCUGCUGGUUUUGGGCUGCGCGUCAUUCUCGAUUCACAUCCGAUUUUCACAACAAUUAUUAUCGUGAUUGGAUGGGCUACGAAAACGGUAGUGGCCAGGUUUGUCGGCGAUUGGAUUGGAGGGAAUCAAAUAGCCGAAAUUUGGAUGGCGUAUAGUAUACCGUAA